AUGGAGAUCUCUGUGGCCAUUUGCGGCCAUGUGGAUGCUGGAAAGUGCUCAACCACGGGCCUGCUGCUUUACGAGCUGGGGGGCCUCACUGAGCGCGAGCUCGAACAACUGCGGGCUGCCGGGCCUGUGCGUGCCAACCUGCGCACCGUGCUGCACGAGCGCGGCGAGGAGUCGAGUCGGGGCUUCAUCAUCAGAAGCAAGACAAGGAGGAUAGAUACGGAGCACCGGAAGUGCACGCUCAUUACGGUGCCGGGGCAUCGGGACUUCGUCAAGAACGUGUUCGCCGGAGCUCAGCAGGCGGACGCCGCCAUCUUGGUGGUGCCGGCGGACGAAACCUUUCCGAGCGCCAUCGCCGGCGGCUUUGAUGGCCCGGGGCAAUCGAGGCACCACGCCCAGAUUCUGUCAGCAAUGGGUGUGAAGCAGCUUUGCGUCGUGGUGAACAAAAUGGACUCGGCUGCGGCCCGGUUCAGCCAGGAGAGAUUUGAAGAGAUCUCCCAGGAGGUGCGGAAAAUGCUGCUGCGAAGCGGCUGGCCCAGAGCGGCAGUGGACACGCAGAUUCCCAUCGUUCCCAUCUCAGCAUGGACUGGUGCGAACUUCAUGGCAAAGUCCGAGGACAUGCCCUGGUGGAGCGGUCAGGAAUUGACUUCUCACAAGGGCGACACUGUCCACGUGGACACACUUUACGAUGUCCUGAACAGUUUCUUUGAGCCACCGGAGCGUCUCGUAGAUCUGCCGCUGCGCAUGGUGGUCUCCGAAGCCUUCAAAGUGGAGCUGGGCCACGUGGUCGUUGGGCGCCUAGAGCACGGCGCGCUGAAAGUGGGCGACGCCGUGUCCUUCCGGCCCGGCGCCGUGGGUGGCGAGGUGCAAGAGAUCACCCGCUUCCGGGAGCCGCUGGUCACUGCAAGCGCUGGCCAAAUCGUGGCAGCGCGAAUGCAUCUCGCGGACGGUGACCGACCGCGCUAUGGGGAUGUCAUGGUUGGCGCAGCUGACUGCACGCUGCAGGCCGUUCAGAGCUUCACUGCUGAGGUCUUAGUACUUGACUGGCCGGGCGAAAUACGCGUCGGCUACUGCCCACUGGUGUUCGCGCGCGGGGGCAAAGUGCCCUGCCGCCUGUCGCAGCUGACGCGGCGCACGGCCCGGGAUGGAACAGAGGAGGAGCACCCACAAACGCUGCAAGCACGCGAUGUGGCAGAAUGCACUUUCGUACCGCGGAUGCCCUUUCUUUGCGAGGCCUUCCGCUCGUGUGAAAGCUUUGGGCGACUGAUUUUCAUGGACGGCAACCAGAUGAUAGCCGUGGGCAAAGUUCUGCGCUGUGAGACUCAUGAGGACAAGGACAAAGGUGGCAAGAAGAAAUGA